GUCACGCGAGCGGUGGGGGGGGAAGAGCGUGGAGAGCACAACACUCACGAACCAGCCGUCCUCGAUUAAUUGUUCAAUAACGUUAUUAAUAGUCGAACAUGAAAACUCCUGUAAAGUCUCUACCUAUCCCCAACCCCCUCACACACGCCACAACAUGCUAACGUCACUAGCCUCCACACAAAAUGUCUAAAAGAAGCAAAUACCAGAAUUAUAAAAAAAAAAUACUUACAUCUACCUCGUCUUCAGUAUUGCGAUGGAAAGAUGGCACCGACCCCUCUUUCAAUAACAACCUUUUCGAGAACCCGGCAUUAUAUUGGCCCAGGUUGAUAAAACAGUCGGAUACAGAUAUUUGCCAACUCUUGCAGGAACGUUGCCAUCAUAUAUUAACUCAAUCCAUCUCAAUCUGGUGUCUUCUGAAGCUGGAGUCACAUGAAGACAUUUGUGCUGAUUUGUGCAGCCGACCACUGAGCAUCUCGGUUGUCGAAUUCGAUUCAUGCUGCUAGUUAGCUUAUCCAAGUGUUCCCAAGGCUCGCAAGAAUGAAAUGGUGCCGGACACCGUCUCAAAAGUGGAUGGGUCCAUCUAUGGGUGGGUCGUGUGGUAGUGGGGGAGUGCAUAGAUCUAUGGGGUCAUGGGCAUGUUGCGACUAUGACGUCUAUUUCGGUCGUAAUCCCAUUGGAGGCACUCUAGCAUAUAGUUUCUGAAAUAGAGGAACCACAACAAAUCGCGGGAAUUGUUUUUUUCCAGAGUUUUUGGGACGGUAGACAUGCCAGAUACCCACCUUAAUGUGUAGAAGCACUACAAAAGUGGAAUUUUCAUAAUAUGUCCCCUUUAAAUGAUCAAAAUUAUGAAUUAACUUGUUCAGUUUGGGGGGAAGCAUGUAACUACUCUACUAUUCAUUGUUAUGUUACAAGACAAUUAUCCCUGUUGAAUAAAUGUGUAAGAAACAAUGCUGUAAAAUUGGGUUAAAUGCUUUAAAAAUUUGAUUCAGGUAGUCAAAUUUUAUAAAAUUUCAGUUGUAAAGCCCAUAUUCACAAUUGGCCUCAUAGGCCUUAAUAAGAUGCAACAUGCUCUGCGUUUAACCCUCGACAAGAAUGAGGAAAAACUAGCAAAGAAAACCCCUGCCAGUUAAUUCUGCAGAAAAACAUCUCCCUCCCUUUGAAAUGUGUUGGCGGAGGUACAAAGUGUAAUGAAAUGAAACUACUCAGGAACAGCAAAGAACAUUAAUCGACUGCCCCUGAAAUGUUCCCUUUAAACAUUCCUCCAGCUGAGUCAUACUCUGCAGGGAUCGGUCUGGAUCGAGGCCAGAUGUUACAGUGGUGUUACUCAUCCUCUGAUUCUGUCCUUCCUCCUAUAUAUCUGCUCUCUGUUGAUCCAGGAAACCUUCAGAAGUCUUACAAAAAAACUUCCUUCACUGGAAAAAAGAAAUCUAUUUGCAAAGUGCUUUGCUGUUGAACAGGUUCUUGGUGGUGAGUACUCCGUCUUUCCCUUCAUUCUUAAAAAACAAGGAAAGUUUCAGGUGUACAGGUGCAGCUGCCCUCUGACAAGGAAAUAACCUGUGUGGCUUGAAUGGAGCUGGUGUUCUCCUUUAAAGGUGUGGGCGGGGAGCAGAGAGCAGAGUUGGGUUUCAGUGCCACCCCCCUUUUUUCUAUUCUCACACUCACACUGUAUUUGCUGUCCAGUCCCAGUCCAUGCAGGGAGCCACUUUGGGCUGCGUGUGCGCUUUGAUCAAAGCCUCAGACUUUUCAGACCAUGGGUUUAAACGCCAUCAAUGAAGGAGCACGACACGACACGUCACUGGGGAACUUUCACAGCGUGUCCACACCUUUUUCAAAGGUCAUUGACCUCUGAGAAAGCACUGAUCCAGUUUGACUUCUACUCGCCAAUGACACUGAGCUUUCAGUUUUUGGAUGAGCACUUUUAUCCUGUGAGGAGAUGGCCAAGGUGUAUAGACUCUAUGUGGGAAUAAUAACAGCUCUGGCCUUUUGCAAAUACUGCAUCGCAGAGGGGAACGCCACCGUGGAGUCCACCAAUCCAACUAUAGACGACUGUCAUCACCAUGGCAACAGAGACAAUUGCACAGACCCAAGAGAUACAGAGCCGUGGGGCGGCCACUUCUCAAGAUGUCCUGAAGAACUAACGCACUACUGUAUCCACGGGGAGUGUCGUUACAUUGAAGAACAGAAGGCACCGUCUUGCAGGUGUCACAAGGGUUUCAUUGGCUCCAGGUGUGAACAUUUGGACCUGGACUGGCGGAAAGGAGAGAAACAACAAAUCAUAAUUGCAUGCGUCAUUGGCGGGCUCGUGCUGCUCAUUCUUCUCAUAGUGUUCAUCUGCGUCUGUUCACAUCGUAGGAGCAGAUUGUGUCCAUGGAGGGGCAGACGGAGGGAAGAAAGGAGGAACGGGUCAGAGAAGCUUGGCAUGAUGGAUACGCACACGGUCCCACCAGACUCAACCGCGCCACCUGAAACGGACACUGUAUGAGGAGUUCGCAUGAGUCUGUGUGUCUGGGAACUGUUUAGAUAUGAGAGGAGCUGUCCUCCAUGUGGCAGCUGCUGCCUUUUGUCUCACAGUAACGGCAGCUUGGGGUCUCUGAGCUGGACAGGACCGAGGCCCGCUCAGAGGGAGGGACAUUUGUGGAUAUAAUAUGUCUCUGGCUGUGGUCAAUCAAGCUGGAGCACAUGGAGUUCGCCCCCCUUCUCCUAAAAUUGUGCUCUGUCUUGGAAACUGGAGGACAAAGGAGAUACCUCCCUGGAUUUAUGAUAAACAACAAGUUGGGGAUGAGUGUGGGGGUGGACGUGCGCUGGCAAGGACACUUUUUUCCACUACAGGAACUUGUAGCCUGCCACUGCUGCCUGCACAGAUCUUUUCAUCAAUUGUUGCUAAAGCGGAAAGAAGUCGUGACAGGAGCUGACAGCCAGUGACAGCUGAUGAGGUUAUUGGUCUGUGUGGGAGACUCUGAGACUGAGAGGAAAGUGACUUGAGUCCAUGUUCUCUUUGGGGAAUUACGGCAAGCUAAGAAAUCCUUGAAUGUAGAGAGACACAAGUACCAGCAACUACAGCAUGUACUGUAGUUUUAUGUGACAUUAUUUCUACUCUGUUUACUGCUGCUUUUUCUUGAUUUGGUGUCAAUUCACAGAUGCACAGUCAAAAUCGUAUUCAUCACUUAUCACUUAUCCCUCUGUGCACAGCAAUGUCUCCACGGAAAACUCACGCAGAAUAUUGUUACUGGUCAACACAUGCAAUGCAAGAGGAGCCUCACGUAUUACUAAAGGCUGCAGGUCUGGAAGGCCGAGGAGGACGAGGACAAGGGGAACUUGUGCUGGAGGAUUUUUUUUGAUCUGUAUAUUUGGAGCCGGCCGGCUCCAAAUAUACAGAUCUGCAGCGGCAGAACAGCUUGGCCUGUGUGCGGAGGCUCGGCCAAAGUGAAAGUCCUCCACUGUAUGAGACACUUUCCAAGCUGCCAGUGACGUGUGUCUGUGUGUGUGCAUUACUUCUGCAUCUAAAUGUAGAACGAGGACGUUUAAGAGGGAGUCGGUGAAGACUGCUCCUGCUCUUUCCGUUAAUAAAUAUGUCUAUUCUGUAUUUGCUGUCCGUUUAAAUGAUUGGAAAGAAUCGAACAGAAAAGGUCACUACAUGCAUGGGCCUUAUCUUUGCAGUAUUACUACGCAAACAAAGUGGCAAGGAAAUGAAUGCGCUCCCUUUCAGGUGAUUGUACUUUGGUUACGUUUUUUUAUUGUGUUGUUGCUAUGGUGCUGUGUAUAACCAGCUGGGGACCGCAGCAAGAGUAUCGACCAUUAUCUCAUCCCUGCUCAUUGAUACUCACACUGUUGCCAAUGUAUUCUUUAAAACGUGUGUGUGUGUGUGAGUGUGUGUGAGGAACUGAACCAGCCAGUGUGUGAAGAUAUAAAUGAAUGAAACGGAUAAACACAGCAUGUAUAACUAUUAUUUAAUGCAUUUAAAUCAGCUUUACUGUCUUAUGUAUUAUGAGAUGGUUCGUAACUCUUCAGGGGUUUUACUCAAUAUUUUCAUUUGAAUUUGA